UUACGAAACCUGAACAAGAGCAUCUCGUAAACUGACAAAAGCUGAGUUUGGACGGGACGGCUGUUAGGUGUAUUUCAUCUAUCUCUUACGGCUUAACUUGAAAAGAUUACUUGUUUUUCUCCUGUUUGAUCAUCCUUAACUGUGAUACAUUGCAAAGCUGCAGUUUGCUUGCAGUACUGGUUAAGGGAACUGCAAGGCUCUCAGAUUUGAGCGCGUGUGUACGGUACUUUGCGGUUGGCUGGAUUCAGAUACGGAAUUGCGUUGAAAAGCGCUCUCGGUCAGCUGUGAAACAGAACAGCAAACAUCAGCAAUGGAAGACUUAACAUUUGUUCUGAGCAAUUCAACAAACGAAAGUUUAAUUCCUUCAUAUAAAGCGUCUUGCGCAGAACUUGGGUUUACCGAGAAAGUUUCCGGCGGUGUUUUCUAUGGGACUGUGUCUGUAUUCGGAUCGAUUGGUAAUUUUCUUGUCAUUCUGGUAAUUUGCCGGACACCAGGCUUAAGAAACAUCUAUGGUAUUCAGAUUGCAAACCUCGCUGUAGCUGAUUUCAUCGCGUCAUCCACUGGAAUUUCUCUGUUUAAUUAUGCCAUAACCCAGAGUUCAUUCUACAAUUUUCAUCUCGCUCCGCUCAGCAUACACAUUGGUGCGGCAAUUUUUCACAUGUCCAUUGAUGCUUCACUUAUAGCUCUAGCUUGUCUGAGUUUUGAUCGUUUUUUCGCUGUUUACUACCCCUUAAAACAUAAAUUCUUUAUGACUUUUAGGAAACUAAAAGUUAUGAUUGUUGUAGUGUGGUUGGUUUCCGUUACAAUUAUAGUUUUGCUUUUUUCCAGGCGCUCAAUUUGGCACGCGAAGUUUCUUUAUGUAGAAUCUUCUAUUCAUAAACUGUGUGUGGUCGUGAUCAUCGGCAGUGGAAUUGCCGCCAUAGUCAAGGUGUUUAAGAGUUCUUCGAGUGUAUUAGACAUAAACCAAAGUCAUAAUGGUGGCCAAAAUUCUGUACUGCACCAGAGAAACAAGCAAGUUGCGAAAACCGUUUGUUUUGUCGUCCUGUUGUUCGCGUUUUGUUGGACUCCUUCAGUUCUAGCAAGGCUUAAAAAUCCCCUUUUAGAUUCCGCUUCGCUCUCUUCGUUAGACUUUUGGCUGACCGCACUCAGAUUCGCAAAUUCUGCCAUGAAUCCUUGCAUUUACUUUUAUCGCCAUCGCAAUUAUCGCGAGGCAUUGAAAAGAACUCUAGGUUGUUAAAAGGCAGAAGUUAGAGAUACUUUGUGAAAUCUCCAAAACACUGGUCUGAAUAUUACUAGACUGGUACGUUUUUAUAAUGUAAUUUUCACUGAUUCCAAGCAGGGGCGU